CGCCGUGGGAGGGGGGCCGGGGAGGCGGCGGCGGCCGGAGGGGGGGCGAGAAGUUGCUGAGGAGGCGCCUGGAGGGGGAAGAUGGCUGAUUUUCUGAAAGGCUUGCCUGUCUACAAUAAAAGCAAUUUCAGCCGUUUCCACGCAGAUUCUGUAUGUAAAGCGUCGAACAGAAGGCCAUCAGUAUACCUCCCUACGCGGGAAUAUCCGUCAGAACAAAUUAUAGUAACAGAAAAGACGAACAUACUUUUGCGUUACCUACAUCAACAGUGGGACAAAAAGAACGCAGCGAAGAAAAGAGACCCCGAACAGGUGGAAAUAGAAGGGGAGAAUUCAGCCCCACCCCGGAAAAUCGCCCGGACGGACAGCCAGGAUAUGAAUGAGGACACUUAAAAAACUAAAACAAACUUUUUUUUUUUUUUUGUGUCUUCUGUGUUAAAAUUUACAGGGGCUUCCUGUGUGGUAUUUUUUUGUGGUGGGGGAGUGUCUGUUGACCAUGUAUGCACACCAACACACACAAUUCCAUGAACAGCUUGCCAUUCUUCCUCCUUCUCCUCCUGGUCUACCCUUCACUAUGCAGGCACUUCAGAUCCGUAGCAGCCAAUGUAUUUAUUUCUGCUUAUUUGUGUGUGUGUGUGUUGGCGGAAGAGGCAUGGCAGGGGGGUGUUGUGGGGCAGGAAGAGAGAGAGAGAGAGAGGUCUCUUCUUCCAUUUUUUUCCUCUCCAUUAUUAUUUAUGCGCUCUCUCGCUCUCUCUGUUGGAACAAGUCGGGAAAAGAAAAUGAUGUUUAAACUGUGAUCGAUGCCCUUUCUGUUUGGGGGAAAAUGGCAAAAAAAAAAGACACACACACCCCCACACUUUUGCGGCUAAUCUCUCUCCCCCCCCCCAAAAAAAUAUCUUUGUACUAACGUGAACUGUAUCCAAGCUCAUGCUGAAACACCCCCUGACUUUUUUGUGGAAUCGAGACCUUCCAUCUGUACAAUUACUGGUGUGUGUAAAAGAGGGGGUGUGGUUUUCCAAUUCUUCCUUUGCACCUCCUAAUCUAAGUGUGAUCUGAGGCGAGGAGGCCGUAUCCUGACCUCCCUCUCCCCUUCAUUUCGAUGUUUUCGUUUUCUGGAAAAGUUUUUUUUUUUUAAAUAAAAAAAAUCGUCGACGGUCCUUCUUUGAUGGAUGCUCUCCACCAGACGUGUCGUGUCCUCUUUAGCUGAUAACUGCUGUAUUAUUUUUAUUAAAAAGAAAAACACCCAUCUUUAGCUUUCUGUUCUGGGGGGUUUCGUUAGCAUGUCAGCCGUAGGUCGUGAAGAGGAAAGGAAAACAUUUCUGUUUGCCACCGACCCGUUUCUCCCUCCAUCCCCUGACCCACACCCCGCAAGUCAGUCUCUCUCUCUCUCUCUCUCUCUCUCUCUCUCUCUCUCAGAUCACUCUAUGAAUGGACCAGUUCUGUGCAACUUUUGCAGUAGAAUAAAGAAGGAUCUUUCUCACCA